AUGACAUUGACAUAUCGCAAUCCAUCUCUCCAGGUUACCAAGGACCACAGAAUAGAACUCAUUGAGUCUCCCGUUAAUCCUCCAUCAGAGAAUCAAGUAUUAAUUCAUGUUAAAGCUACUGGAAUAUGUGGAUCGGAUAUACAUUUUUGGAAAUCAGGAGCUAUCGGUGACUUGAAGGUAUUGGAUAACUGCGUGCUAGGACACGAAGCUGCUGGAGAAGUUGUGGAAAUUGGAGAGUGUGUUACGAAUGUCUCUGUAGGAGAUAGGGUUGCCAUUGAACCAGGUGUACCUUGUGGAAAUUGUUUUUUGUGUAGUCAAGGGGAUUAUAAUCUUUGUGAAGAUGUUCAAUUUAUUGGAGUUUUCCCUUACCAUGGAUCAAUGCAAAGAUAUAUUACUCAUGAUUCAAGGUACGUCUAUCGCUUACCUGAUAAUAUGUCAUAUUCUCAAGGUGCCUUAGUUGAACCAAUAUCUGUCGCAUACCAUGGAAUAGAGCGUGCCAAUUUGAAAUUAGGUGAAGGGGUAUUAGUUGCUGGAGCUGGUCCAAUUGGCUUAGUAGCUUUACUUUUAGCUAAAGCUUCGGGUUCCACACCACUAUGUAUAACAGAUUUAAGUCAAGAGAGAUUAGAAUUCGCUAAAGGCUUGGUUCCGGAA